AUGCUACACCGCUCCGCCUUUGACGAUGAAACCAAGGCGUUCUACCCCAAACAUCCCUCGGCACCGCCAGAACCCACAUCGGCACCGCCCCCUAGGCCUACCUCUCGUUCGUCGCGCCCCGGAUCUCGAACUCGAAUGGUGAAGCCAACAGGCGCUGUCACGCCCAACGGACUGGGAGUGCUCACAGAGAACAUUCCGAACUUGCCUCCUGACAACCUGGGAAGUACCAGUCCCAUCAAAGAGGGUCUGGGAAGCUUGAAUCGUUGGUCUCAGUCCACUACCUCCAGCAAGGGCCCGUCGGAGUAUGCUGGCCAUCGCCGAGGGAGCUCCAAGAUGUCCAUGUCAGGAUCCAGUCGGGGCCAUGGGAGUCAUAGUCCGCAGCGUGCGGCGGGAAUGGCAGAACUCCCCAAAUUAAGUCUGCCAGAACUGGACCAAUCUUCCAUCUUUUCUCCCGAUCCCACAUCUCCACCACUUGAUCUCUCAUUCACGGCCUCCAGUCAUAUCUUUCAAAGUUCCCAGGCAAAUGAACCAAGAGCAGAGAUGGAAACCGCACCGCAGGCAGUGCCGCAUUAUCAAAACCCCCCUCAGGACAGUGUUGCUCGAAUCAGUGACGGGUCAACCUCCUUGGGGGAUGGUGAAGGGGACCCAGAAAACCGACAGCACGGCCAAACCCAAAAAGCCAUGUUGUCCAAAGCGCUUCAAAAGGCGAAUACAGCCGUGCUUCUUGACAAUGCGGCCAACUUCGAAGGUGCUAUGGAAGCUUAUAAUGAUGCCUGCCAACUACUGCAGCUUGUCAUGUUCCGUAGCAAUGGAGGCGAUGAAGAGAAACUCAAGCUCCAGGAAAUCCGUGACACUUACAUGAUCCGAAUCACCGAACUUCAGCGCAUGGAACUUCCUCUUCCGGAGAGCGACGAUAAAGCUCUACCAAAUCGUCCUCUCAGCCAAGAGUCCUACAGUGAACUACUCCAGUUGUCAGAGAAGGGCCUCGGUUUUGGGAGCCACCAGAGCGCCGACAGCUCCACUUUCGGUUUUCAGCACAUCUCACCGGAACACAACAAAACAUUGCCUUUCGAGGCAAUUCCCCCUCGACGGCAAUCGCUGAGACCUUCAGACUUUGAUGGUCAACCCCGGAUUGCAACAACCAAGAAUCGGCAUCCAGAGAAUUCUUUGCAGGAAACCCAUGAAUCCACCUCUUGGCUGGACACCAUCGACGAGUCAGGUGCUUCAUCGCCGUCCUCUGCGAAUUCAAAAGCAUCAUCUGUGUAUCUACGCCACCGAACAAGCCGGCGCCUUAGCAAUGACACCGAGGCCGAGUUCGAUGCUGCUCUAGAUGCAGCUGUGGAGGCUGCAUACGAUGACGGUCUGGAGCCGGUGCUAGAGUUCAAGGAGGAAGAAAGCGAUGACAUUGUGGCCAACGCCCGCAGAAACAUCGAGUUGGCGAAGCAAAGGGUGCGAGAGGCAGAACGAGAGGCAGAGGUCGCGAUGAACCGUGGCCGUGAGAUACGACGAAUCCAGGAACGGACGGAAUUCGGCAACCCUACCGGUCGUGAUUCAGACUACCUUGACGAGGAAGCAGAGGAGGAAGAACGUCUCUUGGAGGAGAUGACCAAGGGGUACGUGAUGGAUGACUUCGAAUUUGGUAUUCAAUCCAAGUCCGCGCUUCCGCGGGAAUCGGACUCCAGCAACGUGUCUGGGCGAACAUGGGAAAGCUCCGCAGCAUCCAACAUCACCAGCACGGGGGGGCUGUCUACUCUCGCAGAAGAUGACACAGUGCCCGCCGGUGACCAGAGGGGAGACGCCAGCUCGCGACCCUUUUCGCCCCCGAUCUCCUCCGAUUUUCCCGCCUUGCCGCCACGCGCGUCCUUGUCACAACCGCCUGCCCAGAUGGGCCGGCCCCCUGUACCAGGAGUACGGGCACGGCGGCUGUCUGGCCAAAAUCCAGGUGAACUGAAAAUCGAAACUAACACUCACUCUCGAGCCGAUUCCAAUACCUCGGGCCUGGAAAGCUUCUCCACCCCCCUCACAAGCCGACCGCCGCCGCCGCUGCCGAAGGAUGAACCUCUCUCGGAUCCAUCCAAGCCUUCCACCCCGGGACUCCGAACCAACUUGCACCCUACAAAGCGUAAUCCAUCCGUGGGAUCUGUUCUGGAAUCCAAUCUCGCCAAAGCUCGGACACGGGAAGAUGACGAGCCUGAACUUCCGCCAUUGCCAUCAGCCGCCCGGCCUAUGGGCAAGAUACCCUCCGCUCCAGACGGGUUGGACAGAAGCGCCUCCAGUUCUAAGGCUUUCCGAUCUCGCAACGUCUCUGUCCCCAAUCCGGAGACCGCGCCUGGGUCGCCAAGUACCCCGUGGAACGGCGCAUUCCCAGCCCUGGAUACCCAAAAGGGCGCAUUGGCUGGUAGCGUGCCCGUUUUACCCACCCCAACAGCGGCAAGCUUUACGCAAAAUGGAUUACCAACCAGCGGUCUGAAUCUUUUCGACUGUGACAUACAUUCCCCCACAGCGCUUGGCUGCCCGAAUUCCCUGGUAGCUAAUGCGCCACUCCCACUGGAACCAUGUCCAGAGUCAUUCCUCUUCCGCCCAUUUUGGUUGAUGCGAUGCCUGUAUCAAACAAUCGCCCACCCCCAUGGCGGCUAUUUAUCAGCUAAGCUAUUCAUUCCCCGCGAUGUUUGGCGCGUGAAGAACGUUAAGCUCAAAGCAGUCGAGGACAAAAUAUCUAAUUGCGACCUCCUGACUGCCGCAUUGCUCAAAUUAGCCCAGGUCGACACCUAUGAUGCGGACGCAGUGCUCGAAGAAAUGCAGGCACUAGAGACUGUUCUCGACCAGGUCCAAGGCUCAUUGUCGAAGAAACUGGGCCAUGACGUCGGGGUACAGACAGCCAUGCCGCUGUUCAAACCGGGCUCAACACCCGAUGAGGCCUCUCAUGCCGAUAGUUUUUCUUCGAAGAACUCUAGCUCGCAAAACAAGUCCUACCGACCGACCUGGAAAAGACUGCGAGCGAAGACCUCAGGGAUUGGUACUGCUACGCUACCCCCGGGCGCGCGAGAAAGCAACAAGGACAACCUGACACUUCAAUCCGUCCCGAUGACUUCGGUGCCCACCACCCAUGUCAAGCGCAAUGUCACCCAGCUUGAAUUUUCAGGCCCCAAUUCCCACUACAUGGGAGCAUUGGCGCGUGUAUUCGACGCUGCUCAGGUCUUGGAUCAAAUCGCCCAGCAGGUUGAAGACCCGGGCCUUAAACAUUCGUCUCCUACUCACGUUGGCCUAGAGCUCAGCACACGCCACGCAGCCGAGUUCUUUGGCUUUUACGUGUGCCGUUUCGCAUUGGCGGAUGUAGGCAUGAUGCUCGACAAGUUCAUUAAACGAGGCAGCGAGUGGGUAUUGGUCUAG